AUGGCGAGUAGCCCCGCCCUGCCCCUGUUGGAUGUUCUCUAUGCCAAUCAGUUCGAAGGAGAGAGCUCCACUGCAAAAGUUCUUCGUCAGACAGAGGAAAACUUUUACAGAGGGGCCCCGCCCAGAUGGUUAAACUUUCACAUCAGUGAGCAGGGAGAGGCGGCUGGCACCGGAACUCCCUUCAUCAAACGAGACGGAUACGACGCGCUCGUGGAAAGAGUUCACCUGAAGAGAGAAGUCCCGGGAAUAUCAACCGUUAAACUGUUCCACCAGCCAGGGUGCGGGGGCACCACGCUGGCCAUGAAGGUGCUGUGGGACUUGAGGAAAAGCUUCAGGAGCGCCGUUUUAAAAGGCUCGACCGCAAACACCACAACGGUUGCGGAGGAGGUGGUCCAGCUCUUCACAGACGGCAACCACAACACCGUGCUGCUGCUGGUGAACGAUGAGCAGAGUUUGGAAACUCUGCAAGAGAGCAUUAAGACGGAGAUAGCCGAGCAGGGGAUACACGUCUCCUCCUGCAAGGCCAUGGUGAUCAUACUCAACUGUGUCAGAAAGAACACAGUUCUAAAGAGGGACCAUGUCGUCCUACGGAAAGUACUUUCUGAAGAUGAGAAGCGACAAUUUGAUGAGAAAAAGAAUGAACUUAGCAGAAGGUACGGGGAUAAAAGCGAACAAUUCCACGGCUUUAACAUAAUGCAAACCAAUUUCUCUCUGAAUUACAUCAAAGAGGCAUGUACCGUUUUCAGAAACACCAAAACAGCCAGAAGACGACCGAAUACCCAGCUUGUUGCCUUCUUGUCCCUGCUGAAUGCCUACGUACCGGACUCAUACCUCCUGGAGUCUCAGUGCCUGGACCUUUUCAAACACAACGACUACGCCCGCGGAGAUUCUUCCCUGGAGGUCCGAAUGAGGCCCUUUAGCCAUCUCAUCAUCACAUACCAAGAAGAUAGACCUGAAAAGAAAGUCCGCAUGGCUCACCCUAUGAUAGCGCAGCAUUGCACUGAACUGAUGGCCGAGUCCGGUGUGACCAGAAGUGACACGGCAACAGACCUGUUGACUUGUUUGAGCAGCGAUGAGUUUCCUCCGUUUUUGGUCAGUUUCAUCAAAGACAUGCUGACCAAGAGAGAAACGACAACAGGAGAGAACGCAGUCCAUGGAACAGAGAUCAUGGAGGGCAAGGGAAGGUUUUCUAGGCUGAUUCUAGACAUUCAAGAGAUUGAGAGCAAAAGAAAGAGUGCAGCGGUUCUACUGGUGGCAUCAAAUAAGUUUAAUCAAAAUCCAUUUUUUCCACAAGCACUCGCUCGUUUUUAUUACAUUGAACUAAAAUACUACAUUAAGGCUGAAAGUUGGGCAAAUACAGCAAAGCUCAGAGAUCCCCAAAGUUCCUUUGUUGCUGAUACACUGGGCCAGGUCCAUAAGAACCAUUUGAAGAACCUGAAGCAUCCCGCCACACCAAGAGACAUUUUGGUAAUGGCCUCAAAGGCCAUUGAAGCUUUCAAAGAUGAAGGAAGACUUGCCGAAAACGAAGGUGCGAUGGAGACGAGAGGAGACGGCAACAUCAAAGUCUCGAAGUUUUUUAACAUCAGAGGGCAGUUUGGUUACGUGGUGGUCUGCAACCUUCUGUACAAUCUGCUUGUCAGUCACAACGUCACUUGGAGAAGUGUUCUCACAAAGACUGUGUCCUUGAACUCCGUCCUGAAAUCCCUUGGAGACGGCAAGCUCCUCAGAUUUAAGGAUCUAAUAAACAGCCUCAGAGACGAGAUCGAGAGAAAAUGCGCAUUCUUCGAUACGUAUCUGACUUAUUCAAUGCCCGAGCGGAAAGAGGAUCCCGCGUACAUUUCCGAAGGCACCUCAGAGUGCUACAAGAAGUUUGUCGGGAGCUCCCCGUCCGAAGGUUUCAAAGCAGAAGGCGCGGCUCUGGUCCAGGAGCUCAAAGAAAAGCUGGCGGACACCUCCGCCGGAGUGCUCUCGUGUCUGGACAGAGAAUGCACGGAAUCGGACCCCAGAGAAAUAACGACAUGGUGGGAGGAAAUCUUUCUUCAGAAAGAAUCCGUCACCGCUCUCGCCAACUACAUCCUCGCUCACAUCAUGUUAAGGAACAUGGGAGCCGUGUUUCCUUCUGACUGCAAGCAUUUGGCUGCAUUCAAACGGGAAAUGCCUCGGAUCCCCAACAAUUCGCCCGAGCUCCACAUGUUGGCCCUCCUCCUCUGCUGGCCCACGGACAGCGAAGCCAAUUGCGUCCUUGACCUCCAAAAAUUGAUCCACGGCAUGCACCGCUCUUAUGAGGUUACGUAUGAGGUAUACUUUCGAUCGAGGUACCUCCGACCCCUGUUUUUCAUUGGAAAUGGCGACGGUCUGGACAGAAUCGUUCACAGAAAGGUCCUCGAAAAUGCGUUCCUUGAGCGAAAUGAGCAGACAAAACAAGAUUGGAGCAGCAACUGGAGAAGAGAUAAGAUUUUCCAAGAUGCCAAGGUCCGAGCGUGCUUGGUCAGAGUUGAAGGGGUGGUACGAAACUACAGAGUCUUUGCAACUACUGGAGGCAAUUUGAUUGAGGUGCAUGCAAACAGCCAAAACAGCCUCUGGAGAACCCAAAAAGUUUCUUUUUACCUCGGAUUUACCAUCAGAGGUCCUGUCGCGUUUGACAUCCAGACGAAAACCGCAGCCAAAGAUAAGAAAGCAGAAGAACUCUCGGCGAUGAAUGGAUCAGAACCCGAGAAAAUAAAACCAGACGAUACCACUGGAGGUCUUCAUUUCGUGGAUCGUCAUCAGACACAUCUGGUGCGCCGAGUGAGCGACUCGGCAGGCGUCCUGGAGAAGCUCCACGCCGGGAGCUGGAUCUCAGACGAGAACCACGAGGCGUUGAGAUCCUUGAGCGACACACGGGACCAGAUGAGCGGCGUUCUCCAGUGCCUGACCUCCGAAGGCAAAGACGCCCUCUACAACACCCUGAAGGGGAUGAGGAGCAUGAGGCCUCUCGUCGCCGAGCUCGAGGAAUCCGAGGAAAGGAGCGAAGCGUAGGAAAAGAAAUGGGGGGGGAAAUAAUUUACUGUCGCCGUGGACGAUAAGCGGGGUCACAUCGUUAUCCAUGACAUGUUUUAGUUAUUUUUAUUGAUUCCUUGGUUAAUUUUACGAAACACCUCAAAGAAUCGGGCUGCACGGUGGUGUAGUGGCUAGCACUGUCGCCUCACAGCAAGAGGGCCGCGGGUUCGAUUC